ACGGUAUGGAGUAAUUCUCGGACACUAGGAUGGCCACUAUGGCUAAAUAUUAUGUAGCUAUUUCGCAAAUAGGUAGAGCGUGUAGUUGUUAACAUUCUGGCAUAAAACAGUUCUUGGCAUCUAAAUCAAUUCUGUUUUUAUUUUCCUUUUGCUCUCAUAUUUAGAUUUAUCCGUUAGUGAAAUAGUUACUUAAGUAGGUAGUUAAUAGUUGGGUAGAUAUUUAAUAUAAAUUUUAAUAAGAAUGCGCAAAAUCGUGAGUGUGGAUGAAGAUGACUAAGUAAUGUCAAAUGAAAUUAAUAAUUUAUUAAUUGAUAUGCAUUGCAAAUACUUGCAACUGGCCAUAAAAGUACAAGCACACUAACUAAAACAGCAACUUAAGUCGUUAAGAUUCUUAACAUUCCAACGAUGUAAAGGUGUGGCUUACAAAGAAUCAAAAUAGUAUUUAUUAUAGUUUAUCGAGCAAAUUAGAAACUGUCAGGACAGUAUUCCUAGUUUUCAGUAAAUAUUUGUCUUAGUUUUCUAAAGUUUUCGUCAAUAUUUGAUUCUUUUUUUUGUUCAAACAUAUUUAGGAAAGUGCUCAUUAGAUAGGUACAACUGUAAAAUCUAUGUCGAAUUUCUUCUAGGCCUAUACAUACAUAGAUGUAGGAUUAAGAAAUACUAUACGUUUAUAGUAGUGUAUAUAUAGAGCGUCAUAAUGGCUUAUCGAUCAAACGGUUAUUCAGCUGACGAAAGGGAUUUCGAUCAAGAACGUAACGAAAGGGGCAGUGAUGGGGGCGAGAAACCCACCUAUCUCAUGGAACAUUUGGCUACUUUUACGGUAUCGAAAGACACUGGAAUAGUUUACCCUGCCGAUGGAAUGAGGCGAUUGCUACAAUUGGAAAAAACAAAUGGGAUUUGGUCGCAAAAAAUGCAAUUGUGCUUAGACAGAUCUUGGGUUUUGGUGAUGGACUACGAAACAGGGUCUGUAAUGGAACGUUUUCCGGCAAACUCAAUCCAAGAACCUACCGCAUUCACCAGCCAUGAUCCAAUGGAGAUCUACAAUAACAUUUUAGUGUUUAUCGUUUCAAAUUCGAACCCUUCCUACCCACCAGAAAUGCACAUCUUUCAGUGCCAAAGUAUAUCAGCGCAAGACCUGGUGGAAGAUUUGAAACAAUUGAGAUUAGGGAAGACUCUAACGAGAAGUCGGAAAAGCAGCAUUCCGCCGCCAGCUCACAAGUCAUCGUCGCAACACAUAAUAAAUCCUGCAAGAGAUCAUUACAGAGAAUCGGAUUCAGAACUGACUGCAAAUAAUGACGAUACCAGUUCAACGACUAGCGAAAAAUACGAAAGAGACGUUGCUAUUUUAAACCAUUGUUUUGACGACAUCGAAAAAUUCAUAGCACGCCUGCAACAUGCGGCUGCCGCUUCGAAAGAACUGGAAAGAAGGCGAAAGAGUCGGAAAAGUAAGAAACGAGACAUGGGCGACGGUAUGUUAACCAUGCGAACGAAACCUCCGCCAGAAAAGGAAUUUUUCGAUAUAUUUCAAAAGUUUAAGUUAUCAUUUAAUUUACUGGCCAAACUCAAGGCUCACAUCCACGACCCCAAUGCACCAGAACUUGUGCACUUCUUAUUCACGCCUUUAGCGCUCAUUGUGGAAGCUGCUCAUGAUACUUAUUUCGACUUGCAUCUUCCACACAAAGUCGUACCGCCACUUUUAACAAGAGAAGCUGUCAAUUUAUUAAUGAAUUGUGUAACCAGCAAGGAAACCGAACUUUGGCACUCCCUCGGCAACGCAUGGUUAAUACCGAGGGACCAGUGGAAGGGUCACGUGUCAUCUUAUCAUCCAGUCUUUAUGGACGGAUGGUCACCAGAUUAUCCGGUUAUCGACGAGCUAGAUUCGCCCAGCAUGGAAAAUAAACAGUACAGAGAUUACAGCAGUGAUUACAACGACUACGAACCUUCAAGUCAGGAUUAUAUGUACGAGAGGAAGAAGAUGGAAGGGAUUUCUAGCCCUGAUAGGGAUCUACCCCCUACCAGUUCGAAAAGUGACAUAUCGGUCGACUCAAUAGAAAGAAACGGGGGCGAGGAUCGAGGAUUUAAUAAAAAUCAAGAAAAUUGGCUCGACGAACUCAAGUCUCGGGGGGCCAAUGUCGUACAAGUAACGUACCCGAGAACAGCCAAUAACGAAAAAGAACUCACCGUUGUUAGAGGAGAAUUUUUAGAGGUUUUAGAUGACAGUCGCAAAUGGUGGAAAGCACGUAACAGUAGGGGCCAGGUGGCCCAUGUUCCUCACACCAUUGUAACCCCGUAUCACUUCGGGGACAGCGAUAGAAACGAUGACGUUUUUAAUAAUCCACUUUACACCAAUAAUUACAGCAGAAACAGUCGACAGGAGUCGACGUCCGAUAGGUUUAGCGGAACUCGAAGUCCCAGCGGACCUGAUCAUCCUUCAAGUCCGCCAUCAGUCCCUGCAGCGCCAGCCGACUGGGUGAGAAAAGAACGACUCGGUAAGAAAGAAAAGGAGAAUAAUAAGGCUGAUGCUCCGUCAGUUCCACCACCAGCACCUCCGCCGCCACCACCCCCAGCGCCGUCACAACCCUCUUCGCCUAAAUCGACCCUAAAGAGAUCGCCAUCGAUAAAAUCGACUGGCGAUAAAAUGCAAGAUGAACUGAAUAUUGUUCUAACGAUGUUCCGUGAGAAAAAACGAAACUACGAGAUAAAUAAAACCCCUGAAGUAUUCAUUAAUCAGAAAUCCAAUCCGGCAGAAGUUCAAGAAUGGCUAAAGGCUAAAGAAUUUAGUCCCGAAACAUGUCAGAAAUUAAAAGGAAUGUCAGGGUAUAAACUGCUGGGAUUUUCGAAAGAGCACCUGGAACGAGUAUGUGGAGCAAAAGAGGGAAAACGAUUAUAUUCGCAAAUUAAUAUCCAAAAAAGUGUGUGUGGUUACCUAACUGCCAGAUCCUCAGAAUUAAGGGCGAUUUUAGCGAGAGCCAAGGAAAAAGUUGAUGGCUAAUUAGAGGUAAUAACCACCACGAAAAUAAUCCAUGGCCUUGAAGAUGACACUUGUGUAUAUAUAAUAUAUUUAAUAGGUACCUUUAUAAGUGGAAAAACUUUAAUAAAAAGAUAAGUACAAUUCACACGUAAAUAUGCAGAAGACAACAGUUGCUUAGCACUUUACUAUUAUAGCUUUUAUAAAUAUAUUUCUAUAUUAAUGAAAUCCGAAACAGGUAAUUAUUGCUUAAAAAAAUCUUGCCAUUUUUUUGCUGUAAGCAAAAAGUUAGACCUGUAGGAAUGGGACCGUUAAUUAUUGUAAAAUAAACUUGUCGUAGAUAUUAAACAGUGAUGUGACUAAAUUGUUCUUUGAAGAUUAAUUAGUAGAUUAGUUAAUUAGUUAACAAUUUUAAGAUAAACUAUAGUAAAAAUGUGAUAACUUCAAAACGAUUCAGAACUUGUUUCCUUUAAUAAAUAACUGUCUUGUUUGUAAUAAAGUUUAAAAAUGCAGUUUUAUUCA